UCCAAAAUGGCAUGAGCCCUAGCUGCCUGCCGGCCUCAUGUUCCUCCGCUUCAUUUUGGACUUCCGGAGCGGGGCAGCGGGAGGCUAAACACUCAAUACCACCAUUCCUUCAAGAUCUCAGAAGAAAUCCCGCUCGUCCUGGAUUCCGGCGGAGAACCUCUGGUUUUCGGUUAGCGUAUCUCACCGUCGCGGCCGUGCAGGCUACCUGCUCGACGUAAUGCCCCCGAAGGUCACCAAGCGCUGGGUGCCGGUCAACCGGGCGGAGGGAGCGUCCCGCGAGCGCGUGGGAGUGGGAGGCAACGCUGCUGCCGACCACCGCCCCAGCGUGCUCCCGGCCCUGCCCCUGCACCACCGGUUGGUGCCGCUGAAGAGCACCGCGCCAUCGAAGAGCACCAUGCGCUGGGUGCCGGUCAACCGUGCUGGGGGAGCGCCGGCAUCACGCGGGCUCCAGGGAGGCGACCCGGAUGCCGACCACCUCAGCGCGCUCCCGGACGCGCUGCUGCACCACAUCAUGUCGUUCCUCAAGGCGUGGGAGGUGGUGCGGACCUGCGUGCUGUCGCGGCGAUGGCGCCACCUCUGGGCGUCCGUGCCCUGCAUUGACCUCCGCAUCCGUGGCGACGACCUUGGCGAGAUGCCAGAGGACUUCCCUGACUUUGUGCGGCACCUUUUCCACCGCCGCGAGGCGUCGGCAAAGCUGGACACGCUCCAUCUGUGCUCGAGCGAUGUUGACGGUGCACAUGAUGAAGACGAUGCCAGGUUGUGGAUCCGUACUGUGAUCAAGCUGGGGGCUCGAGUUAUCCAUCUUGUCGGGCAUCGCAAGGAGGAUUGGCUUCGUGGCAGCAGGCUCGCGGUUCUUGAGCAUGCAUCAUUUGUCUCUUGCCACCUCAAGAUCUUGAAGCUGUCCUAUGCACUGAUCGAUGACAACAUCCUCAGGCAGCUUUCCUCUCAUUGCCCGUCUUUGGAAGAACUGAAUCUUAAAGAUUGCUUGAUCACAGGCCAUGAGAUUUCAUCUGCCUCUCUGAAGAUUUUGACCAUGUUCAAGUGCCAGAUCAAUGUGAACCUUUCUAUUGCUGCCCCAAACCUUGAAGUGCUACGCUGCAUCUCUCCAAUCACCCAAGCUCCAUCAUUUGAGAGCAUGGGGUCGCUUGUCACAGGUACUAUCAUACUUGAUGAUUAUGCCUUUAGUAGUGAUGAUUUUGAAGACUUUAGCAAGGACGAGUUUGAUGAAACCACAGACGAAGAUGAUGAUUUUAGUGGAAACAAUAGGAAGUGCAAGACUCGAUAUGGAUUUGGUGCCCCUCUAGAAGGAUAUGGGCUUGGUUACAAGAAUGAUUAUGGUUAUGGUAGUGACAUUGAAAGUGAUGACAACUCCUUUGAAUAUAGUGAGAUUGCAAUCGAUUCUGAUGAGUAUGGCGUUAAUGGUGAUGACAGUGAUUCUAGUAUGGAUGGUAAGCGUCAGAUCGUUGGUGAAAACUCUGGUUGCAAUGAUAACAAAAUUAAAGGUGGCCAUAAUGUUCUCCAGAGCCUUUCGAAUGCUACAAGUUUGGAGCUGUUGGCUGAUGCUGGAGAGGUGAUUCUGACUAGAGAAUUAAAAAGUUGUCCAAGUUUUAGCAACCUGAAGACAUUAUCCCUUGGUGAAUGGUCUAUGGAUCCUGGCUUCAAUGCAUUAGUAUUCUUGCUGCAGCAUUCACCUAAUCUGGAGAGGCUUUUUCUUGAACUUAAAUUGAACUUCAACACCAGGAAGCCAUUGGUUAGCGGUGUGAAACCAAAGGAGAAAUCGUUUGCUUGCAAACACCUUCAAAUGGUGAAGAUUAAAUGCUCGAAAGAUGAUGUAAGAAUCCAUAAGCUGGCACAUUUGUUCAGGGCUAAUGGUAUACCAGUUGAUAAGAUUUUUGUUCGUCGGACUGGGAGCACCUAUCUCCGUGGUGAGAAGAUAAUGAAGCAUCUUGCCAUGCACGAACUGGAGUUCUAGGGGAUGUAAUGACCCAUUGUCCUGUUUCAUUGGCAUUAGGUCUUGUGUAAUGAGUUUGGAACACAUCAUGGAUCAGGACGCACUGAUCAUGCUUGUGAAACUGUGGUGCAACUUGGAAUGCCUCUUGGGUAACAUGGAGGAUGUGGAACUUAUGUAUGGUCGUCCAAAACGUUCGAACCUUUUUAUUUUCUCCAGUGGAUGAGUUAAGAGUUGAGACCUUCUGGAUAGUGCCUUUAACGACUCAGCUUUCAAUCUUAAUGAGUAAAACCAGUACUUGCUUUAGUGUUUCAA